GCUCGGAGACGUCUCCCAGCAGCGAGGACAGGACAGCUGCAGGGCAGUCUGUCACAGAGGCAGACCUGAAGCGCCUGCCCGAGUUCAACCCUCCUUCCUUCAUGCCCUGUGGGAAUGUGGGCACCCCCCUGGGAGUGUUUCUGGAGCUGAUCCGAGCCUGUAGGCUUCCUCCCCCCGUCAUCAAGAAGCUGCAGCUGGAUUUUCCAAAGACUGGCUCGUCCCGGAGGUAUGGGAAUGUGCCUUUUGAGUACCAGGACACUGAGACAGUCCUCGAAGAAGAAAGAGUUUACACUGCUGCAGGGGAUGAGAUCACAGAGGGAGAGGAACCUGUGGCAACAUCUGGGGUGACUCACCCAGCAGGUCCUGAGGAGGAUGAGGAGGGGCAAGAGGAGGAAGAAGAGUCACACUCAGAUGAUGACAAUGACACAUGUGAGGAGUGGGAGCGACACGAAGCUCUGCACGAGGACGUGACCAAGCAGGAGCGUGUGGAGGAGAGACUCUUCGAGGAGGAGAUCGAGCUCAAGUGGGAGAAAGGAGGCUCUGGGCUGGUGUUCUACACAGAUGCUCAGUACUGGCGGGAGCAGGAUGGAGACUUUGAUGAGCAGACAGCAGACGACUGGGAUGUGGACAUGAGCAUCUACUAUGACAGAGAUGGAGGUGAUAAGGAUGCUCGAGACUCGGUUAAGAUGUGGCUGGAACAGCGACUCCGGGAUGGGCUGGAGGAUGGAUCUGUGUCAAGGCAGCAGAUUGGCACCUUUGAGAGACACACCAAGGGCUUUGGCAGGAAGGUGCUGGUGCAGCAGGGCUGGACAGAGGGGCUGGGGCUGGGGAGCAGCAACUCUGGGAUGGCUGAAGCUCUGGAUAAUGAGGGUCAGCACCCCAGAUGCAAGAGAGGACUGGGGUACCAUGGGGAGAAACUGCCAACUUUCAUCAAGGGCAAGAAGCCUCGGCGGGAUGGUCCCAUCCUUAUCUCCACCAUCUAUGAUGCCCCUGAACCCCAGGACAGCGGUGACCAGCUGCUCAGGAGACAGCCCCCCACUGCCAUGAAGUACAGGCAGGACAUGACCUUUGUCCGUGCCUCCCACCCUGCUCUGGGGAGCCUCAGUGCUCAGUCACACUGA